UUUUUAGCUAGUUUAGUAGCUAGCGUUAGCUGGCUGUUGACAUGUGUAUAUAGAUGGUGUGUUGAUGCUCCUCUCCGCUGGUAGCAUUAAGCUCAAGCUGUGACUGCUUUUACUCCAACAAACAUAAUCAAAAUGAUCGCUUUAAAUAGCAGAUGUAGCCAAUGAAAUGGAGUAUGAUGAGAAACUUGCACUUUUCCGCCAAACACGCCUCAAUCCUUUUGAUCGGGGAGAGGAAGAAGAAGAAGAUGAUGCUCCACAAGGAGACAAGAUGCCCCCACAGCACGAAAUCAGAUCUGAGCUGUUCUCUAGGAGCAGAACUCACAGCACAGACCGGACCAUGGACCUCGGUCUAGCGGAAGAUCACUUCUCAUGUCCUGUGGGUUCUUUUGUGGCGUCCGACAUUGAACAGCUGAAAAUGGCCAUAGAGGAGUGUAAAAAACUGAUCUUGGAGCUGCCAGAACAUUCGGAGAGACAAAAGGACACCGUGGUGAAACUUAUUCACCUUCGUCUCAAACUGCAGGAGCUUAAGGACCCAGAGGAGGAUGAACCCAAUCUGAGGGUUUUGCUCGAGCACCGCUUCUCGAAGGAAAAGAGCAAGAGCGUGAAACAGACAUGUGACAAGUGUAGCACUAUCAUCUGGGGCCUUAUUCAGACGUGGUAUACCUGCACAGGUUGUUAUUACCGCUGCCACAGUAAGUGUAUGAACCUGAUUACCAAGCCCUGUGUAAAAUCAAAGGUCAGCCACCAGUCGGAAUAUGAGCUCAGCAUCUGCCCUGAGAUUGGACUCGACCGGCAGGACUACCGCUGUGCAGAAUGUCGCACGCCUAUUUCACUGAGAGGUGUCCCAAGUGAGGCCAGACAGUGUGACUACACAGGCCAGUAUUACUGCAGCACAUGUCACUGGAACGACACGGCCAUCAUCCCAGCUCGUGUCAUCCACAACUGGGAGUUUGAACAACGCAAGGUUUGUCGCUCCUCUUUGCGCUACCUGGGUCUGAUGAUGCCACGACCUGUGCUGAAGCUGAAGGAAAUCAACCCUCUGCUGUUCAACUUUGUGGAGGAACUGGUCGAGAUCAGGAAACUUCGUCAGGACAUUCUGUUGAUGAAACCCUAUUUUAUUACCUGUAAAGAGGCAAUGGAGGCUCGGCUACUGCUACAGCUACAAGAUCGACAGCACUUUGUAGAGAACGAUGACAUGUACUCGCUACAGGAUUUAAUUGACAUCUCCAGUGGCAGACUGAGCUGCUCCCUGACUGAGAUUCACACUACAUUCGCCAAACACAUCAAACUAGACUGUGAGCGUUGUCAGGCCAAAGGAUUUGUGUGUGAGCUGUGUAAGGAAGGAGACAUCCUGUUCCCUUUCGACAGUCACACCUCCGUCUGCCACGACUGCUCUGCUGUUUUCCACAGAGACUGUUACUAUGACAACUCCACAACUUGUCCCCGGUGUGCCCGGAUGACUGAGCGCCAACAGGACGAUGUGUCGGAAGACACGUAACUCUGGAAAGGACCACGUGAUGUUACUCGAUGUUGCACUUUUGGCUUGUUUUGUGCAUUAUGUGUAAACUGCGGUGUCCUUCGGUGCACUACAUUACGAAGCAGAGGAUCAAGAAACUCAUCUGUAAAUUAAUAUAUACAUAUCUAUAUAUUUUUAGCAUACUUUUUAAUUUACACUAUAAUUGGAUGUACUGAACGUUGUGCUGAUGUUUCUCCGCAGGUAAUAUAUGCCUCACAGUGAAAUAGGUGACUAUGCAUGAAGGAAAUUUAUAUUCAUCUCACAGGUAUUAAUUGCGUUAAUAUGUACUGCUACAUUUGCUGAAAAGUAAAGUUUAAACUAAACGUCAGCUUCCACAUGCAAGCUGUGUUGUAUUAAGUGGAAAGAUUAUGUUUUUCAACUUUGUCCAGAGCUGUCGGUUCCAAGUUUAUCAGGUCAAGUACGUCGGAAGCGAAACAGUCACUUAUCUGUGUGAAAUGCCUGGUUUACAAUUUAGGCUCAUAAUCUUAAAAACAUUUCUUAAGAUCUUAAAACUAUUUCCUGGCCCCGAGCAAUAGUUCCCAAAACUUUUAUGUUCCUUUUUUUCCAGAAGAAAUCAACAGACUUCUCCUUGUGUUUGGGAUGUGCAGUCUCCUCAUUUUUCUCUGAACUUGUGUGGUUUCAUACUUUCUGGUGUUAAUAUUUAGAAACACAAGACACUGUGCUCUCUCUUCUUCAUCCCCCCGUGUACUGGAGAAGCUUAGUGAAAAGACUUUGGUCUUGGGUCCAUAAAGCGCCCUGUCACUGUAUCGGUUCAUCUAUCGGCCACUCCUUUUAUACAUGCUCGUCAGUUUGAGAGCCAUUGUACAAAAGCAAUAUCUCCUUUUGCAUUUCAUUUUUCAAUGAGCCACCCUGAAAACUGGGAAUAUUUGACACAAUAAAAAUGACUAAACUAUCCUUUGAAAUAGAGCACCCUGUAUAACCACAGCAUGCAUUUUCGGUACAUUUCCCGUCCAGGAGAAUUACAAGAAAUGUGGGAGAUUAAAAAUGCUUUUCCUUUUACCCCAAAACUGUGAACUUAUUUCACACAGAUUGAUCUGUUUGAUGGCUCCAGUUUCAGUGUUAAGUAAACCGAUGUGAAUACUCAUUGUGUGCCUAAAAAAAGGUGUCAGGUAACAUGCAGUACAGCUGGUAGCUGUCAUGUUCAUGUUUUUACAGUCUUAAAGUAGCACAUUUUGUCAUCGGAUGACAAAGAUAUUAAGUGACACCUGUGCUUGUUGACCUCAUGUAUUUGUUGUGUUCAGUAUGAUGUUGUGUCAGUCGAAUAGACUUAACAGUGCACAGUGUUGUUGAAAGCCAUGUCCUGUUGUAAAAUCAUGUGGAGUCGAGCAUGAAUAAAGUUAUUCAGUAUGUGAAAGCUGCGGCAUUGUGUUGACGUUGAGCUCAACGCUCACCUAGUGAUGGGUGAACUAAUGCAAGCAAUUUUACGUUUCAUUAGUCCAUUCAUUUUAUAACAUGUUUUCUGUCCUGUUCGGGUUUUGUGUGUCUGUUAUCAUGUUUGCACGGAUGCCAUUAACCUGAGUAUGACAAUUGUGUGCAUAAAUUACCUGAUGACGUUAACCUCAGGAGGUCAAGCCCUCGAUGAGCAAUAAUCCGAUACAGACAUGGAGUGUUUUGACUUUAAGUCUCAUCACGUAGAUCUUUUAAUGAGAUUACAGCGUAAAGUUAGAUUUCACAGCAGCGGAUGUAGAUGUUAUUAUCUCAAUAUGCUCUGCAAUAUAAGCGUGUUCUUCUAUAUGCAACACAUGCAAACAUCAUAAUCUGAUUAAAGGCUUACCAGACCAUGCUAACUGCACACAGGUCAAAUCAGGAAAGGUCAGCCAGUCACAUAUAACAUAUGUUGUAUUAUAUUGGUUUCCGUGUAAAUGUGGUCAGAGUGACACUUGGACGCUUAAAAAUGCUCAUGUUUACAAUCGUUAAGGAAUAUAACGGAAGCACUGACUUAAUUUUCUGUUUAUUUAAUAAUAGAUUUUUCUUUUACAGUCUGUAGAUACCAAAGAAAAAAUAAUCUCCUGAGUUUCCUUUUGCCAAUUGACCACCUAUGUACCAAUUUGUGCAUUUUAUUGGGCAAAGGUAUGAAAUAUGAUUGUAAUGAACAAAUGUAAAAGUAUGACCCCCUAAGAUGUACAUGGUCAGAAAAACACUGCAUGUUCCUCUGUGUUAAUAGUUUAUUUCUCUGCUUUUUAUAUUAACAAAGGCCUCUGAAAAACUACAUUACAUUUAAGAAGACACUUGAAAGGUAUGUAUUGACAUUUAUGGUAUUUUUGUGUUGUCUAUAUGUUUCAGAGGUAUUGGUGGUUCAACACAGGCAGCGUGGACUCGAACAUAACCAGAACUUUGAUAUUAAAUCAACUCAACAUUUAUGCAAACUG